AUGUGUAAUUCACUUGAGAAACAGAGAUCCGCAUUGGAAAGUCUUGAUGCAAUCGAGGUUGCUUUAUCUCGGAGAUUUUUGAGAAAUCCAGAUCUACUUCCGAAAACAUUACGCCCUAAACAUGGCAAUAUACUAACUGAAAAGAGAAGAGUACAUACUAAGCGCUUGUUUCGUCUUCAGCAGCAUGAGUUGAAGCAGUUACUGGACGAGUACAAUCUAUUGUUGAAACAAGCUCUGGCGUCAUUUGACAAUGUGGCCCCAAUAAAGCAAGACUUGCAGAACCUUAAAGAGGAGGACGACUCGCUUGUAAAAUUCGACAAUUUGAUCGCUCCCUUGAUAAACGAUCCCGAUGAAGGACGAAAUGUUCAAGACACGCAACUGAAAUACUCGUUGUUUGGUAGUGCUGACCCUAAAGAUAUAAAGAUCAAGUUCAAAAAAGGAGAUGGCAAGGAAAUAACUAUGGCAAGAAGAAAAGCUUUAUUAAGCUCGGCCGCAUCUCAUUUACGAGAUAUUGAAAUCAACGACAUUCUUGACUUGAAAGAGUUUCAUCAAUACUACAAUAAGUACUUUUCAUCUAGUGAGGUUCCCUAUGUCCAGUAUUUGUACUCUUUCCACAAGUUUCCUUAUGAAAAGGUCAAUCAAGACAUUUAUCGUCCAUAUUUAAAGUCCCUUUAUGAACUUUUGAAGCGGAAGCACCAACAAUUGUAUCCAUUGUCGGAUACAGAUCAUGUCCUUGAGACAAUUGAUACCAACAUUAACAGGAACCCCAACCAAAAUGAGGCUUCUCCUGAGCUUUAUUGUGCUAUUUGUGACAAACACUUUGCUACUGAAACAGUGUACAAAGCUCAUCUUGAAAGUAAAAAGCAUCUAAAAAAGGCUUCCAAAAUUGAAGGUGAACUGAAUAAGAAUAAACCUAAUGCUUGGUAUGAGCAAGCUAUAAAAAUCAUAGCCGGUCAUCUAGAGGAAGUUAUACACCAAACAGAAAAAUACUUGGUGCUGUCUGAAAGAGCCAGGUUCAAUGAGAAUCAAGAUGAACUAGAUAUCGAGAAUGAGUACACAGAGGUUGAUAGUAGUGGAUCAGAUUCUAAUGGGGAAUCCAAUUCAGAUUCAGAAACAGAUGCUGAUGCUGAUUUGUUCAAAAAUCUCCCAUUGGGUACUGAUGGUACGCCAAUUCCAUUUUGGCUUUACAAGCUUCAAGGGUUGCAUAAAACAUACACGUGUGAAAUAUGUGGCAACAUUGGAUACAAGGGCAAACAAGCUUUUGAAAGGCAUUUCAGUGGUAGUAAACAUCAAAAAGGAUUGCAACUUUUAGGAAUCGCCGAGGAUAUGUUUCCAUAUUUCAAAAACAUCUCGCUGAUUGAUGAAGCUCAAAAGUUGAUGCAAAACUUGAAGAAGGAGUUGAGGACAAAACAGAGCGAAAUACAUGAUGCUAUUGAAGUCGAAGACAAACAGGGAAAUGUGAUGAGCUAUUUAGAUUAUUUAGAUUUGAAAAAGCAAGGACUAAUAUAA